AUGCCGAGCGAGACGGACGCACGCGCCGAGCGCUCCGCUCCAGAGGCCGCUAAUGCGUCUCCGACAGCUCCAGCGGACAGGGCCGCGUCCCUGCACGCUAACGGGGUCGAGUCGAGUACGUCAGAUUCGCUACGGAGCGUCUCUGAUAGUACUCCUCCCUCAACGAGCGUCGACCGUGCUCACGCCUAUCGCGUCACUCGCCUGCCGCUGGAGACGCCUGUGGACGUCCCCACCGCGCAGCAGGACAUCGACGAAGCAUUCCAGCAUCUGGUGAGUCUCAUGCCGCAAGCAGCCGCUGCACCCCUCGGAGUCGACUCCGAUAACGACGAAGAGGAAAUGCAGACGGAGCAGACAUCGGCAGGCUCACAACCGUCAACGUCGCGCGCCUCGAGGAAGAGGCAGAAGUCCGACGACGACUCCUCAGCCCCGGACGCGCGCAAGUUCCGCAAGGAAAACGCGCUAAACGGCACCAAAACCGGGACGAAAAUUCGCCGCCGCACGCUGAAGUCCAAAGUGGACAACGACAGCUUCGUAGCUCCCACGAAGACCGCAAAAGCCACACGACAACCGACAGCAGCACCAGUAGGCACGAGCAACAGCUUCCAAGCACUAAGUGACUCGGAAGACGAGGAGCUGACUCUGCCACCGCUGCAGCAGCGUCGCGCACCGCCGCCGCUUAUAGUGAAGUUUGAACGCCACUUUCGUGAGCUGCAGAACGCUCUGAACUUGCUGAUUGGAAGGGACAGCUACACCAUCAGCACGUCAGGCGAUGACCUUCACAAAGUGAAGGUGAAAACCACCGAACACUUCGUGAAACUCAGCGAGGAAUGCACCAGACGGGGCUGGAAUUUCUACACCUUCAGCUCCAACAGGAAGAAGCCCCUGAAGGUUGUAUUUCGAAAAAUCCCUCGCACCUUAAAGCCGGAAGAGGUGAAGGAAGAUCUGGAACAAAUGGGCUACUGCGUCGAGGAACAGCGAAGAGUUUCGGCGGGAACGUCGCACCCACGUGGAGCCCCAACGCACAGCCAGACAAAGAGGAGACGAGGCCGCCGAGGCCGCGCAUCCGGCCGACCACAUUCCGAGGCGGUCGUCAACCUCGCCCAGCAGCGCGGGAACUCCGACGCCCGGAACAAAGAGCGGCAGCAACCCCACAGGCAGCCGCAGAACGCCCCACCGGCAAUGGAGCGCGAUGGCGGACAGACUCCGCCCGCCGCCUCACAGCAGGUACAAGCGCGCCUUCACGCAGCACCGGCCGCAGCCAACCAGGCCGCAGGCCCGCCUUCCCCGCCGCAGCGAGCCGCGCCAUUGGCGGCCCAGCCGCAGGUAGUUCCCCCGCCUGCGCCCCUACCUCGGCAAUCAGCUCCUACCACCGCGCCUCGCCGUAACGGAGCGGACCAAUCAGCGCCGCCCGUCCCGGACCGGUCCAGCAUGGCCGACUUCCCUGAACCGCGAUGGCGUCGCCAGCGGCCAAUCACCGGCCAGCAGCCUGCUCCAGCAGCCCACACCAACGGCGGCCAGCAGCGCAGCGGCAACCGGACCACUGGCGACGGCCAUACUGUCGGCCCCCGACAAAAUGGCGUACACACCGACCGCCAUGAUAUCGGCCCCCGACAGGAUGGCGACCGCAUCGACCGUCUCCUUGACACGAUGCAACUAAUGAUGGCUCGCGUGACCGAGCUGAUGGCCGCAGUACAGCAAGUACUCGCCAUAGCCUCUUCCACCGCCCAUCAUGCCUGA